AAGCACCUUAUCAUUAAAAUCUCCUACAUUUUCAAGUCUCUUUUCUGACUUUAUUAUCCCAGAUAGCACACAUACAUCUGUCUUUUAAAGACUGCUUGAUCUGGAACAUCUGAUAAACGUCUUUAAUAUGUCAUUUUACAUUCAUUCUGUUUUGCAUGUUCAAUUACCACCCAACUUGGCCUUCAAUGAAUCAGCAAGUUUCAAAGGAUUCUGGGACCCUGGAAGUCCAAUUCCCUUUUUUGAGGGACAGUUAAUUAUGAAGACAGACAAUAAUACUGUUCUGUAUUCUGUUCUGUUCAUAAUUUUUAUGGACAGAAUUUCUAGGCGCAGUCAAGGGCUGGAGGAUGUCUGGUUUGGGGACCUCACAAUUUCGUCUCUACUUUUUGCGGAUGAUGUUGUCUUGUUGGCCCCAUCAGACCAGGACCUUUGGCAUGCACUGGGAUGGUUUGCAGCCGAGUGUGAAGCGGCUGGAAUGAGAAUCAGCACCUCCAAGUCCGAGGCCAUGGUGCUCAGUCGGAAAAAGGUGGCUUGCCCACUUCAGGUUGGUGGAGAGUUCCUUGGGGUCUUGUUCACGAGUGAGGGAAGGAUGGAACGGGAGAUUGACAGACAGAUCGGUGCAGCUUCUGUAGUAAUGCGGUGGAUGUACCGGUCUGUCGUGGUGAAGAAGGAGCUGAGCUGCAAGGCGAAGCUCUCGAUUUACCGGUCAAUCUACGUUCCUACUCUCACCUAUGGUCGUGAGCUGUGGGUCAUGACCGAAAGGACAAGAUCCCGGAUACAGGUGGCCGAAAUUAGCUUUCUCCGCAGGGUGGCUGGGUGCUCCCUUAGAGAUAGGGUGAGGAGCUCAGUCACUCGGGAGGAGCUCAGAGUAGAGCAGCUGCUCCUCAACAUCGAGAGGAGCCAGUUGAGGUGGCUCGGGCAUCUGUUCCGGAUGCCUCCUGGACGCCUUCAUGGGGAGGUGUUCUGGGCGAGUCCCACCAGGAGGAGACCCCAGGGAAGACCCAGGACACGCUGGAGGGAUUAUGUCUCCCGACUGGCCUGGGAAAGCCUCGGUGUCCCCCCGGAGGAGCAGGAGGAAGUGUCAGGGGAGAGGGAAGUCUGGGCGUCUCUGCUUAGAAUGCUGCCCCCGCGACCCGGCCCCGGAUAA